CCAAAAAAAAUAUGGUCCAAUUUCAUCCUCAUCAUUCACCAACCCAAACCGGUCUUUCCUGUAAAGUAUUAUGAGGAGCAAUAUAUAAACGAAGCAGUAGUGUUCUUCGUUCAUCAGCUGGAAAUUGCUCUUCACUCCCUUCGUAUCCAAAGAAAUGGCCUCAAAUGGAGUUAAACAACCUCCAGAGCCUUCACCUUUGAGAAAGGCCAAAUUUUUCCAGGCAAACAUGAGGAUUUUGGUAACAGGUGGUGCCGGUUUCAUUGGCUCUCACCUUGUUGACAGGCUGAUGCAGAAUGAGAAGAAUGAGGUGAUUGUUGCAGACAACUAUUUUACUGGAUCAAAGGAUAACCUGAAGCAAUGGAUUGGACAUCCAAGAUUUGAGCUCUUACGUCACGAUGUCACGGAGCCAUUGCUAGUUGAAGUGGACCAAAUUUAUCAUCUUGCCUGUCCAGCUUCCCCAAUUUUCUACAAAUAUAAUCCUGUGAAGACAAUUAAAACAAAUGUAAUUGGGACCCUUAACAUGUUGGGACUUGCAAAGAGAGUUGGUGCAAGGAUUCUCCUCACUUCCACAUCUGAGGUUUAUGGAGAUCCUCUUAUCCACCCACAGGACGAGAGCUAUUGGGGCAAUGUUAACCCAAUAGGGGUAAGGAGCUGCUAUGAUGAGGGGAAAAGAGUGGCUGAGACGCUGAUGUUUGAUUAUCACAGGCAACAUGGAAUUCAAAUCAGAAUUGCUAGAAUCUUCAACACUUAUGGCCCUCGAAUGAAUAUUGAUGAUGGUCGCGUGGUUAGCAAUUUUCUUGCGCAGGCAAUUCGCAAUGAGCCUUUGACUGUGCAGUUGCCCGGAACUCAAACUCGCAGCUUUUGCUAUGUGUCUGACAUGGUUGAUGGCCUUAUUCGUCUUAUGGAGGGAGACCAUACGGGACCUAUUAACAUUGGGAAUCCAGGCGAAUUUACCAUGCUUGAAUUGGCGGAUGUCAUGAAAGAGAUGAUUAAUGGGGAGGUGAAGAUAAAGGAGGUGGAGAACACGCCGGACGACCCGCGGCAGAGGAAACCGGACAUCACAAAGGCGAAGGAGUUGCUUGGUUGGGAACCAAAGGUUAAGUUGCGUGAUGGCAUUUCUCUCAUGGAGGAAGACUUGCGCAGCAGGCUUGGCAUUCCAAGAAUGUCUUAGGAAUAAUUCCUGUGCCUGAGA